AUGGAUUUUGACACGAGCGAAGAGAAAGACGUCGUCAGUGUGCUGAUGUGCUCAGCCGUGGUGUCAGCCCUGGCAGCGCUGAAGCCUCCGAAGAAAAAGCGACGCCGGUGGGUGCGCCCGUGCCUCCGUUCGCGAGAAGUGGCCGGUCACGCAAGCCGCCUCCUGCCCGAACUCCGCGCGCAUGACGAGGAGUAUUAUCGAGACUUCCUUCUAAUGCCGCCCAGCACAUUCGACACGUUGCUGGAAUUGCUGCGCCCCAGCAUCACGAAGGAAAACAACUACAGGCCUGCAGUCUCGGCUCAUGAUCUCUUAGCCAUGACCGUCAGCAUCGUGUCAUCAGUGUCCGGCGCUCUGUGGACUGUGUUGAAGCCACUCUAUCUUCAGCAUCCGCAAGGCGCUGAUGAAUGGCUCAAGGUAUCCGCAGAGUUUGAGGAGCGGUGGAACAUGCCUCACUGCGUCGGGGCCAUUGAUGGGAAACACGUGAACGUCGAGUGCCCCGCGAAUUCUGGAACCCUUGAUCACAACUACAAGGGUUCAUUCAGCAAAUCGCUCCUUGCUGUCUGCGAUGCACAAUACAGGUUCCUGUACGUGGAAAUUGGUCACAGUGGCAGCGAGAGUGACGGCGGCAUUUUUUCGAGGUUAACGCUGCAGAAAGAGAUUGCCGGAGGGACAUUAGGGCUGCCACCGCCAAGACAUGUUGGGAGUGAGGGGCUUCUCCCAUACUUCCUUGUUGGCGAUGAGGCCUUCCCGCUCAAGGAAUACAUGAUGCGGCCAUACCCAAGACGGAACUCAUGCGAGACGCACAAGCGGCGAGUUUUCAACUACCGCUUGAGCAGGGCCCGGCGAGUCAUCGAAAACGCCUUUGGAAUCCUGGCACAACGGUGGAGAAUUCUGCGGCGACCGUUUAAAGCGAAGACCGACAACAAUAAUAGAUAUGUGGGAGCCUGCAUAGUGCUGCACAAUUUUUUGAUGAAGGAGUCAUCAGCCUCUUCUGCUGCAUACUGCCCGCCAGGUUCUGCCGACAGCGAGGACUGGGAAGGGCGACUUUCUCCUGGCAGCUGGAGGGAGGACGAAUCAGCCGGUGGUGUCCUCGUGCCAUCAAAGUCUACUGGGUGUCACGCUGCUCGGUAUGCAAAAGAAGUUCCAGACAAGCUGGCACACCACUUCAUGACAGCCGGCCAAGUUCUCUGGCAAGAUAAAGUGGUCACCAGUACUUGA